CAAGCGGCAUCAUCGGCGGCAGCAGCAGCAGUGGCUGCUGCUCCUCGUGCAGGCGCAGUCGGGCGGAGUCGGGCGCGCUGUGAGCGCUGUGAGGGAGCCCAGAGGACGAAUCCCGCCCCCACUCAGCACCGCGCGCCUCCGCCGAGGUCCCACUCACGAUGGCCAACAUGAAGAUCAGGAAGUACCUUACGCGAUCCCUGCACCGGCUGCAGAAGGGCCCCGUGGCGUCGGUGUCGGAGCUGCUCUACUGGUACUGCAUGAACACCAACACGCACGGGUGCAAGCGCGUCGUCGUGUACGGCAAGAAGAAGCGGGUCUUGUGGUUCCUCAUCACCAUCAUCAUGUUGGGCGUCGUCCUCUGGCAGUGGGUGCUUCUCUUCCAGGCGUACCUGUCCUACGGGGUCUCCGUCUCGGUCAACAUGGGAUUCCAGAGGAUGAACUUCCCUGCUGUCACUGUGUGCAACCUGAACGCUUACAGGUACAGCUCCAUCAAGGACAAAAUCAAGGACCUGGAGGCCUACACACGCGUAGCACUCCAAACCCUGUACAACUACAACGACUCGAGCACUCCGUCACCUUACAACACCUCGUACGCCAAGGCGCCAUGGCAGGACAUUCCUCUGGUGCUGAUCGACAGACGUGACCCCAACCGCACGGUGGUGACGGAGGUGGUGAGCAAGCAGAGCUACCUGAUCAACGGCUCCAUAGACACCGUGUCCGUGCCACCCGAGAGAGCUGCGGCGGACGCGACCUCGUCGCUCAUUCCUCACCUGGGGAAGGACGUGAGGAUCGGUUUCCGACUGUGCGACACUGCAGGUGAUAAGUGCUUUUACAGCGAGUACCUUUCGGGGAUGACUGCUGUGAAGCAGUGGUUCCACUUCAACCUGCUGAGCCUGCUGGGAGAGCUCUCCAACGAGGAGAAAUCGAACCUGAGCUCCAGUGGCGAUGAACUUAUCCGAUCGUGUCUCUUCAGCAACGACGCGUGCAAUGCCACAAACUUCACAACCUUAUACCACCCAAUGUACGGCAACUGCUUCAUCUUCAACUGGGGUGAAAACGAAACGGUGAUGCAGGUGUCCAACCCUGGGGUUGAGUACGGUUUGAAACUGGUGCUCAGCAUUGAUCAAGAUGAAUACAUCCCAUUCUUGACCACAAUCGCGGGAGCUGUAAUCAUGCUGCAUGAUCAGAACACUUACCCCUUCCUCAGCAACCAGGGUUUCUUCGUCAAGACCGGUGCUGAGACCUCUGUGGGGAUUGAAGUGGGUCAACUACAAAGACAAGGUGCUCCAUACAGCGACUGCACCAUGGACGGCACAGAUCUGCCAAUAACAAAUCUUUACAACGGCACUGCCUACAGUGUUCAGGCCUGCCUGCGCUCCUGCUUUCAGACCAAGAUGAUCGAGAUGUGUGGCUGCGGCUAUUACCUGUACCCUCUGCCCCCAGGGGAGAAGUACUGCCAGAACCAGAACUUCACUGGCUGGCGAUACUGCUAUUACAAGCUGUACGACCAGUUUGUUGAAGAAGAUAUGGACUGUUACACCAUCUGCAAGCAACCGUGCAUUGAAAGUGAAUACAAAAUGAGCAUCAGCAUGUCAGACUGGCCCUCGCAAUCUUCGGAGGAUUGGAUUUUCCAUAUCUUAUCAAAGGAAAGAAAGCACAAUGUCAGCAGGCAGGACAUAAUAAAGGUGAACUUGUUCUUUCAAGAAUUCAACUCCAUGACAACAUCUGAGUCGCCAGCACAAACGAUCGUGACCCUGCUGUCCAACCUGGGCGGGCAGUUUGGUUUCUGGAUGGGCGGCUCGGUGCUGUGCAUCAUCGAGUUCAUCGAGAUCAUCAUCGACUGCGUGUGGAUCGGCAUCAUCAAGGCGUCGCACGACGUGCGCGAGCGCCGCAAGACGAGCCGCAAGCCACGCUACUCGGACGAGCCGCCCACGCUCUCUUCCAUCGUUCAGGGCCAGGGGAACUCGGGCUUCGAGAUGGAGGAGCGAGAGCCACCCAGGGAGGCUCCCGACGCGAACGGCAGCGCGGCGCAGCCUCCUACAGUGGCAGCGGAGCAGCAGGACGUGCCGGGCACUCCGCCGCCGCACUACGACACGCUGCGCAUCAGCAAGACCGAGCUGCACGACGAGAUCAAUUCGGACGACGAUAGCGAAUUCGUCAGUUAGGCCCCAAGCACUUCACUGGUGAUGACCGAUCGAGCGGGGAGGGCGGGGGGGGGUGUGUUAUUGGUGCUUUGGGAUGUAAAAAAAAGUAAAAUGUUUUGGCUCGGAGGUCACGAGUGUUGAGCCAGCACCGUAUUAACACCUGAGUUUGAAUCCGGGUCGCCAGCCCUCCCAUGACUAAGUCCGGUUCUUGAGUGUAGUGAGUUGAGGUUCUCGGCCUGGUCAACAAUGACUACGCAAAAUAUCCAUCAUAUUUGUAUGUAUGUACGUACUGUUGAACUUCUUUCGCACCGUACGUAGCCAACCGUGCUCAUCGGAGGUCCGGGGGAAGGACGACAAACUAAACACAAAAAGCAAAUCUAUGGUUCUGUACUUUCAGCUCUGAGAAUUAAAAUAUCGGUUGGCCUCGCAUGUGACAACAUUGCUCCCAUAUGCAGCGGGAUGGGUCACUUGAAGGGCCCGUUCAUUCACUGCUGGAUGAACGGGCCCAUCCACUACAAAAACGAAUGUUUUAACCAAUGGAGUAAAGUGACUGUAAGGUGCAAUAUUAUGAAGUCAUUUCAAUCAGCCCUAUAAAAAAUGGUGAUUAACCAUUAUAUCACAAAAUACAUAUUCACACGCAUAGCAAGUUUAAUCACUAUAAGCAUGGUAAAUUAGAAAUAAAUGUUAUAGUAGGCUGAUUUGCCUGUCAUUUUUUAUUUGUAGCCAAUAUAAUAGCCUUAGUCGAUGCUGCCCAUGUGUUUGCAGACAAAUAUGCCCAGUGCAGACAGGAGUUUAAGGUUUUCGUUGCGAACUGCUGCUAUGUAUCCUUUGUGGUUUUUUUGUAUGUCAGUAAGCCUAAUGUAAGAAAUCAUUAACAUGUUCUGUGAAUCAUCUAAUAUUUUUAUUGUUGAGCAUUUAGACCGUCCAGAAUACAGCCAACCAGUCUCAGGUACUCGAGCCAGCCCCUGCUCAGAUCUCUUGGCCUGGCCUCGGGGGCCUGGCCUCGAUCCGAGGACUUGGCUUAGAGCGGGAAAGGGAGGUGGGGGGUCCGAAACCAAAAUAACAAGAAGAGCCAAUUAAUUUUCUCUGAAUUCGGUAACAAAAGAGCCGCCGAUGCACAUGAAUACAUACAUUACGUCACGACGCAGUCUGCAAACAGUUGCAUGCGCCUCUGGAGACUAAGGUUGCCCGACCCCAGGCGUAGAGGCGCCGACCCUCAUACUGCCUCAGCCUAAAGAAUUUGACCUUGACUGGCCUUGAUAUUGACCUGUUGGCUUUCACACCUCGGCCUGAGCCUCGUGGGUCCUGGCCUGGAAUUCAAGAAUGAGACACUGAUGGCUCGAUUUGUCAGACUACCAUCACUGGUGAAUGUUGUUCGGGCCAUUGUUAUGAUUUCAUGGCACGGUUACGUGGUGUAAAAGUGUAUCCUGCCAUGUAAACAUACAUCUUACAGCUCCUGACUGCAAUGGAACGAGUGCUUUUUCUUGCGUGAAUUGGGCAGUGUUGCAAAGUGUGGAAAUUAAAAGUUAAACUAUAAAAUGUUCAUUUAAAAAGGCAUAGUGUUGUACAGUAACUCAUCUAAGGUCAAGAAAAAUUACUUUCGGGCACGUAAGGCACUGUCCCAUAAAUCGCUUCAAAAGUAAGAUGACUUUGUAUCAACAUUUGUAUGGAGAAAUUAGAAAUUGCAACACAUGGGCUAAACUACCUUCCAUCAUCGGCACUGUCAAACUACUAUAGUUUAUAUCACAUGCUGUCCUCUAUGAGAAGAAACUGCAAGUCUGCAACUAUUUUCCUAUAAAUUUCCUAUUUUAAUGACAUUAGCAAUGGUAAAUAAGAUAAUUAUAGUAUCACUGCCUAAUAGGCAUGUAAUGAUUCGCUGUUAACACGCACAGAGUAAUUUAAUGAAUUGUUAUGAUUUGGGGUCAAAGGGUCAUGAGACUUCCAUUAUGUAUAAUUUCUACUGUUGAUUGUUGCUGAGUUUUUUUGUUUAAUUUGUACAGUUUUGUUCACUCCCAUUAUAAUAGAUUAACAUUAGCACGUACAAAUAUGCCGUAUAGGUAAAGGUGCAGCCCUGCAAUUGCUUGCUCAUGCCACUACUGGCAGAAGGGCCUCCACAAGAGAGAGUUCUAAAGAGCCACUCGAGAUGGUAUUUGGCCUACUCUUUCAUGCUCGGCCAUUUAAUUGGCAUAACUUACAAACAUUCUAUUCUCACAUUCACAACUGAAUUAUUGAUUGUAUGUAUGAAUGGUGGUACCUUUAAAUCAACGAAUCAAUGUAUCAUAGCAUGCCUACUUGCCUACACAUUUCCUGAAGUAUCAUUGCAUAUUGAUCAUAUAAUAGUCUCGCUACCAUAGUUUGGGAUGAUCAAUAUAAUCAUUGAGUGGUUUUUAGACAUAGAACUUGUAGAGAUGGUGUUUGUAAAACUAGUUCAUAGGGUUGCCCCAGUCAUUGAUUUUAAAAUGUGUAACGUGUACUUACAUUUCAAUAUUUUGACUUGAGAUAAAUAAAGUGAAUAUAACUACA